CCUUCAUCCUCCCCUUCCUGCCGACUCCUUGCCAGGUCACCACGCACUGUCCCAACAUCUGUUUCUCUCUUUUCUCUCUCGAGUAUCCACCAGUGGCAUUUGAGGACAGCAAGAGAAAGUGAGCCACUCACGGAUUAAUAACAGUUCUUCGCCACAUCUUUGAUUCAACAAGUGCGGAACAAAAAAUGGCAUCUGGAUACUCAAAUUAUCCACAUUACUAUGGAGACUCAAAAGAUAUUCCACUUCAGAAUGCGGGAUACGACUACGGGGGUUCCCAGCCAGUACUGUCACAGCCAUCAUCGAACACCACCAACACCACGAUCAUCAUCAACCAGGACGCGUCCUCCACCAACCGCCAGCCGCGCUUGUGGUCAACAGACUUGUGUGCUUGCUGUGACGACAUCGGAGUUUGCUGCUGCGUCGUCUUCUGUGGAACCUGUGCAGCAAUCAAACUGUCGCAGGACAUGGGGGAGCACUACUGUGUCCCCUGCUGUGUGCCCGGCUGGCUGAUUGUUCUCAGAACAAAACUUCGCAUGCAACAAAACAUUCAGGGUACUGUCAUGGAUGAUUGUUGUAGAGUUGUUUUCUGUGGUAACUGUGUCAUGUGUCAAAUGAUGCGGGAAGUCAAACACCUGUCGAGAGGCCCGAAUGCAAUGUAGUCAGAUGCCAGGAAUGUUCUGGUCUUUCUCCCUGCAUGUUAUUUGUAACUGUAAUCAUUGAAAUGUGUACAUGGACAUGACACAGCUAGUGACAGUCAACAGAAAAGAGUUCUGUCAUAAGAUGUUGUCACGACUAUUAAAUAAUUAUUACGAUGGUGAUUAAUCAAACGAUCAGUCCUUCCUGAAAGUAAAUGAGUUAAAUAGCAAACUAAAACUGUGAGAAAUCAUGUAUAAAAAUUAAAAUUUACGAACAGAAAUUUAUUUCUAUGAAUAUAUAAUUACACAUAUCAACGUUUUAGACUCAUUUGAAAACUCGUCUCAUCAACAUUGGCGAAAUCGA